AUGGCUGAUAAAAAGGACCUGGAAUGUGGUAACCCUGAGUUGGAAUGCGUGCGGAAGCCGAUGGAACUGCCGACGCUACCAAAGGCUCUCACCCUUGAAGAGAAGAAGUAUCUCUUGGCGGUUGAAAGAGGAGACAUGGGUAACGUCAGAAGGAUUUUGCAGAAAGCACACCGCCAAAAACAUAUCGAAGUGAACUGCGUGGAUUCUCUGGGUCGUGGAGCACUAACGCUGGCGAUAGAUGGUGAAAAUAUGGAGAUGGUCGAACUGCUGGUCAUUAUGGGUGUGGAGACCAAGGAUGCUCUGUUGCAAGCCAUUAACGCUGAAUUUGUUGAAGCUGUUGAACUAUUGUUGGAGCAUGAAGAACUGAUACAUAAGGAAGGGGAGCCUUAUAGUUGGCAGAAAGUGGAUCCCAACACUGCCAUGUUUACACCUGACAUCACCCCUCUGAUGUUAGCUGCACACAAGAACAAUUAUGAGAUUCUGAAAAUACUCCUGGACAGGGGCGCUACUCUGCCCAACCCUCAUGAUGUUAGGUGCGGUUGUGAUGAGUGUAUCCGUGAAUCUACUGAAGACUCUCUUCGGCAUUCUUUGGCGCGUCUUAAUGCGUACAGAGCACUAGCCUCCCCAUCUCUUAUUGCUCUCUCCUCCAACGAUCCCAUACUUACAGCUUUUCAACUCUCAUGGGAGCUGAGAAAUUUGGCUUUCGCUGAGCAGGAAAGUAAGGCGGAAUACUUGGAGCUGCGUCGUCAAGCGCAAAAGUUUGCUGUCGACCUCCUCGACCAGUCCCGCAGUUCUCAGGAGCUGGCCAUAAUUUUGAACCAUGAUCCAGAAGAACCAGGGUUCGUUGAAGGAGAUCAUAUGAAGCUAGCGCGAUUGGAGCUGGCCAUAGAUUUUAAACAAAAAAAGUUCGUGUCACAUCCUAACAUCCAACAAUUGCUGGCUGCGAUCUGGUACGAGGGAGUCCCAGGGUUCCGUCGGAAAACCGCCAUGGAGAAAAUCAUGAUCAUCUGCCGGGUUGCUCUUCUGUUCCCCUUCUACUGCACAUUGUACAUGAUCGCCCCUAACUGCGCUACAGGCAAGCUGAUGAGGAAACCAUUCAUGAAGUUCUUGAUACACGCGUCCAGUUAUCUGUUCUUCUUGUUGAUUUUGAUAUUGGUAUCACAAAGAGCCGAGGUGCAGGCAAUACAGCUGUUCGGACCAGAUUGGAUGGUGAAGGAGCUGGAGAAGGAGCUCCUUAAACAGAGGGGCAACGGGCCCACUUAUUUAGAGCUGGUGGUCGUUGUUUACGUACUCGGCUUCAUCUGGGAAGAAACGCAAGAGAUAUUUAUCGAAGGCAUACGUUCUUAUCUACGCAACAUGUGGAAUUUUAUAGACUUCACUAGAAACUCUUUGUACGUGGCGGUGGCGUUGUUGCGGUUCGCAGCGUACCUCCAACAGAGAUCUGAGAUCGGCAAAGACCCACAGACCAAGUUUAUCCCGCGGGAACAGUGGGAUCCAUUUGAUCCGCAACUCAUUGCUGAAGGGUUAUUCGCUGCUGCUAAUAUAUUUAGUGCGUUAAAGCUGGUACAUCUGUUCUCCAUCAACCCUCACCUGGGACCUCUGCAGAUUUCCCUCGGAAGGAUGGUCAUCGACAUAGUCAAGUUCUUCUUCAUAUACAGCUUGGUGCUGUUCGCAUUUGCUUGUGGUCUCAAUCAACUGCUGUGGUAUUUUGCUGAUUUAGAGAAGAAGAAAUGUUACGUGCUACCCGGAGGUUUACCCGAUUGGGACAACGCCGGUGAUUCUUGUAUGAAAUGGAGGAGUUUUGGCAAUGUCUUCGAAGCAUCGCAGUCACUCUUCUGGGCCUCAUUCGGCAUGGUUGGGCUGGAGAACUUCGAGUUGGCUGGCAUCAAGAGUUAUACUCGGUUUUGGGGUCUGCUGAUGUUCGGGUCAUACUCCGUGAUCAAUGUCAUAGUAUUAUUGAACCUGCUUAUCGCUAUGAUGUCCAAUUCUUAUGCCAUGAUCGAUGAACACUCAGACGUGGAGUGGAAAUUUGCAAGAACUCGACUUUGGAUGAGUUACUUUGAGGAGAGCGCGACAUUACCGCCACCCUUCAAUAUCUUCCCCACUCCCAAGUUGCUGCUAAAAAUGUUGGGCCUGAGAAAGAAGGACAAAGUCAGGAAAAUGAAGACAAAGGAGCAGAAGGAGAAAGAGAAUGAUGUCCGUUACACAGCUGUCAUGAGAGCUCUUGUUUGGCGGUAUGUGUCCGCAAUGCACAGGAGAAUGGAUGAUGAGCCGGUCACAGAAGACGAUGUCAAUGAACUGAAAGGCGACGUAUCAGCGCUCAGAUAUGAACUUCUCGAAGUUUUCGAGAAGAAUGGAAUGGACGUCUCUUUCACUGACAGAAAAGAGAAGAUGGUACUCGGCAAACGUAUGAAAGUAUGGGAGAGGCGACUGAUGAAGGACUUCCACGUCGCACCGGUAGCUAUCGAUGAUGAAGACAGACCGGCUGAUGAAGACGGUCUGGCCAAGUUCAGAAGGAUCGCCAAAUUGGCCGUCGCUAAUACAACCAACGCGAAAUGGGACCAGACUCUCGCCGGCACUGGAGUAUCGAGUCAAAUCGGUAGAUGUCGCAGCCGGGAAUCUUUUAAAAAUCAGCAGAACUUACAGCGUGCUAUGGAUGAAGCCAGGAAGUUGGUUUUGCGAUCACCACUACCAGAAGGUUCCAGAGGUGCCUCUCCAAUAGAAAUGCCCGUGACUCCAGGACACACUCUGUUGGAGUUAAUCAAGGAUAUCUCAACGGAAGUUGGCGAACCGGUUGAUUUAUCUUCUCCAACUCCAAAAUCGCCAUGGAAACCUCCAGUCGAGGGCAGUAAUGUUCCUGAGCAAUUAUUGACUCCAGCUACUCCCAAAAAUGAAAUAACAUCACCACGAUCCCCAAGCCCGGCGCAGUUUACCAUGAAUCCAAUUAAUGUUGACGAUGUACAUGCAGUCAAAAGCCAGGGGAACGCUGUCCGUUCUGGAAAGCAAAAUGCUUCUAUUGCAAGAAAUUCUGGCAUAUUGCAACAGCAUGUGAUAAGAAGCCAAGACGUAUGCAACUAG